UCUGCCACAGUCGGUCGCACCCUGCAUUGGGGUCCUUCAGCUCGACUCUUGCGACACGGUAGAUCUAGCACCAAACACCACCAAACUUGAGCCACCAACAGUCGCUCGUUUCAAACCCUGCAAUUCAAACGAAAUCAUCUACUGCUGCCUUUUCAUCUCCCCGUAAAAACCGAGUCAUUGCAGCAACCAUGUUGAGUUCAGCGACCACUACUAGCGAACAGCCCGAGUCUGCUACCGACACCCGUACCACUGCUCAGGACAUUCCUCAGCAACAACCUCGUCCACAAGAACAAUUACCCUCAUCCACACCCGUCGAGAUGUCCAGUCUCCCGAAAAACAAUCCUAUCUCGGAACGAGAUCCCUCCUCCUUAUCUUCCCAACAAGACGCCGGUCUGGGCCAACCAAUGCUGGGCCCAGUGAGGACCGACACGAGCACAGCCAUCCAUCAAUCCAUCCAACCUCCACCUCCUCUUUCCUCUGUGAUCGCCGGAUCACCUUCAAUGACGAGAACAUUUUCAACGGCUAUUGGACCUUCGUCCGAGUCACCUGUUGUGCCAGCUAAAGAUACCGAUUUGACAGGACCCGUCCUGAUAGUCACACUCUUACUCACCAACGGAGCAAGACAUCCGUUCAGGUUGGAUGCCAAAUACCUGGCCAAAAGAGGAGUUGAGCUGCCGGACAACGACCCAUUCAACCUGAGUGUUUACAAGUUGAAGGAACUCAUUCUUCGUGAAUGGCGAGAAGAGUGGGAGGCUAAACCCAGCAGUCCCAACUAUAUUAGACUCAUCAGCAUGGGCAAAUUGUUGGAUGAUAAGUCAUCUCUCAAAGAUUAUAAAUUCGGCCAUGAUUCGCCAAACGUUCUACAUAUGACCAUCAAGCCACAAGACUAUGUCGAAGAUGAGGAUGCCAAGGGUGGGAAGUCAUCCAUGGCAGGGAAUCGAGAUUCGGAGGGCAGAAGUCCAGGUUGUCGCUGUAUCAUCAUGUGAUUGAACGGUCA